AUGGGCUGCGGCUGCUGGCGGCUGCUGGGUCUCGUCUGCCUGCUGCUCCUGCAGCUCGCCAUGAGCCAGGAGCCCGUCAGCAUGGCAGGGAAGUGUGACACCAUCUACAAGGGCUUCGCCAGCUGCCUCAUCAGCCUGGGGGACAGCAUGGCACAGAGAGUCCGGCAGCAGCGGGAGGAGGGGGACGAGGAGGCGCAGGAGCUGGACACCAUCUGCAGGUCCUGGGACGACUUCCACGCCUGCGCCAGCAAAGUGCUGUCGAGCUGCCCCGAGGAGGCUGCGGCCAUCUGGGAGUCGCUGCGGCAGGAGUCCCGCAAGAUCCAGUUCCAGGGCAACCUGCAGGAGCUGUGCAGCGCCCGCGGCCGCCUGGCCAGCGCCCACAGCUCGCCACCCGCCGAGACCAACCAGGCCACGCUGCGGGGCUCGGCCACACCCCUGCGCCGCCGGCUGCUGGCCCUGCUGGCCCUGCCACUGCUGCUGCCGUGGCUCUAG